CCAGCCUAGAUUCUUCAGAUGCGUUUUCAUGGAUUCAAUUCUAAGCCCUGAAAACCUAGAUUCCCAGAUUUCCAAUUCGUUUCCGUCACCUUCAUUCCCUUCUGAGCCUCCUGAUGUUGGUAACUGGUUCUCAAGCUACAAGUAUCAGUCUCCCGAUCCGGAUACAAAUUUUGGGUUUGAAGAAUCUGAGUUUAGAGGAUCCAAUAUCCAGAAAAAUGAAGAAGAAAAUGCGAAUUUCGAAAUUGAUAAGAUCCAAGAUGAAGUAGUUGAGGAUGAUAAGCACAAUGAGAAAGUGUGUUUGACCAGGAGUUUGGAUUCUUUUAGCUCAGACUCACCCUUUUCAGAGCCUCUUGAUAUUGGAAACUGGUUCUCCAGCUAUGCAUACGAGUCUUAUGUGCCGGAUACGUAUAGCAUGACUAAGGAUGUUGUUUCAGAAGCGAGUGAGUGUGAGAAGGAAAGGCUUGAUUUAGAAGUCAUAAAUGAAGAUGAAGACAGGUCUCAGAAUGAUCAUCCAAAAGCAUGUUUUCCACAUCAUAGCCCUUCUGAUGAAAACAAAAGGAUAGAAGAGGCUUCUAGGAGGGGUGACAAUGGUAGUGCAGUUGAAAAAAGUUUAGCUACUACAUGCACUUCCCAUUUGGAAAAUGUUUUGCAGCCAUGUAUACAGGAUAAGACAUUGAAACAUCAUUCUAAUCCAAAGGAGUAUGGGGAAACAAUAAGGAUGAAUCAUGGAAGUGUUAAUUGUAGCCGAGAAGCGCAGAUAGUGCCAUUAGAUGUCAAGAAAACUUCAGGCUAUAGAAUUCAAGAAAUGAUACAAAAUAAUGAUAUCAGAGAAGGAAAAUCAGAAGCUAAGAUCCAACAUGGCACGGUUGAUGUGAGCAUAAGUUUAUGUAAAAGAUCCUCAGGAACGAGUUCAACUUGUACAAGAAAUAAAGAAAAUGAUGGAUUUAUUUCAACAGGGAAGGACAAAUGUGCCAAACCAAAUGGUGAAAAUUCUUGGAAGAAACCAGAAAUAGUAUCACUACAAUGUUCAACAAAAACAGGAACAGUUCCAUUGGCCUGUGAAAAGCAAGCUGUCAAAAAGAGAAAGGCAUUAACAGAUGUAACAAAUGUUCAACAAUCCAAUGUCAUUGAGAUUACAGGGAAAUGGAAAUGCCCUCAAAAGGGUAAACCGUAUGUUGGGCCUGCUCUGAAGCAACUUAGGCUUGAGAAAUGGGUUCAUAGAGUUUUAUAAGAAAAUAUUGUUAGAGACAUGUUCUUCAACUGCUCAAGGCUAAUUGUGCAGUGAGUUUUUAUUACUUUCUAGUCUUCGGACGAAAUCAAUGU